CAGUAGUAUUUUGGAAAUAGUUUUAUGCAGUCGACAUUUUAGCAAAAUAUAUAAUUUGCUAUGCUUUCAAAUAAAAUGAUCAAACAAAUUCCUCAGUUAACGUACAUCAGCCGAUGGGCCCAAUCGAAAUGUAAUUCCUGGAACCAUUGCUUCUCGCGAGGCAUAAAGGUGGCCGUUGUGGGAGCUGCCGGCGGCAUUGGACAGCCACUUAGCUUGCUGCUAAAGCAGAAUCCACAGAUUUCGGAGCUGGCGAUACAAGAUCUUGUCGACACAAAGGGCAUAGCUGCCGAUCUGUCGCACAUAUCCACAUCGACCACUGUAAAGUCCUUUACGGGAAAGGAAGAGCUGGCUUGCGCUCUGGAGAAUGCGGCAAUUGUCGUUGUGCCUGCCGGACUGCCUCGCAAGCCAGGGAUGAAUCGCAGUGAUCUCCUGAGCGCCAACGGCAGCGUUGCAGUGGAUGUGGCAAAAGCAGUCAGCAAAGCUUGUCCGGCCGCAAUGAUGGCCUUCAUUACGAAUCCGUUGAACACCGUUAUACCCAUUGCCGCCGAGGUGCUCAAGCAGGAGGACGCCUUCGAUCCGAAUCGCUUGUUCGGCGUCACUUCGCUGGACGUGGUGCGUGCCCAGACCUUCAUUGGCGAAGCGUUGGGCGUUAAUCCGCAGGAGGUCAAAAUUCCAGUAAUCGGCGGCCAUGCUGGCAUAACCAUACUGCCCGUCUUCUCGCAGUGCCAACCGGAAUACAAAGUCAAUAGCGAGCAGCGGACGAAAAUGUUGACCCGCAUUCAGGAGGCCGGCACCGAGGUGGUCAAGGCCAAGGCGGGCAAGGGUUCUGCCACCCUCUCGAUGGCCUAUGCGGCAGCGAAUUUCGUUAACUCGAUUCUGCGUGCCAUGAACAAUGAGGAGAAUGUCAUCGAGUGUGCCUAUGUGGCAUCGGAUGUCUCCGAGGCCGAGUACUUUGCCUCGCCCCUGCUGCUGGGUCCGAAGGGCAUCAAAGAGAAUCUGGGCGUUCCAGAGUUGGAUGGGUGUGAGGAAGACGCUCUAAAAUUGCUGAUCAAACAACUUAUUAAGGAUAUAGAAGAUGGUAUCAAGUAUGCUGAGUGCUAAGUUCUGCUAAUCAACUCCAAAUUACACAGAAAGUAUGUUGAUAAAGCUUGAAUAAACCAAAGCCAGAUUAUUAUUAUCUA